AUGAGCAUCGAUACACUCUUGGAGGCGGCCAGAUAUCUGGAAUGGCAAGCCCAGCAACAACAGAUCACACGUGGUGAGUUCAACAGCGGCAGCAGACUGGUGCAUUGUGCUGAACGUGCUUGACCUUAAAUAAGUGUGUGUUACAUCAUAAACUGCCUUCUUUGGGGGCUGUAUCCCCUUACUAUCAGCGGCUGGGCUUGCAUAUUUAACCAACCCGCCUGUGAUGUUGAACGGAAGUGUUUCUAGUUAUUUUGGAUUUACUUUUAAAACACACAGAUGUAGAAAUGAAAGCUUAGAGUUGGUACUUAUCGCACACACUGGCUUCCCUCUUAAUGCGGAAACGGCCAAAGUUGUUUUCUGAACUACUUUGCGCGCUCUCGGUGUGUGUGACAGUUUCAACACACAAGUGACUCACCGUGCGCGCGUCAGAAUGCGUGUGUGUGUGUUUGUGAGUGUGUGUGUGCGCGCGGUUGCAUGACAGAGGGACAUAACAGAGGAGUUUCUGUCACUCAGUCAUCGUUGGUCAUGUUAGUGUUGCAUCUUUGUGUAUCUUCUGUUUGCACUAUCGAUGCAUACGGGGUAAAAUCCGCUCAAAAUAUGAAUAAAAAUCGUGUUUUUUGCUACAUUACACACAUCUAUAUUUACGUUAUUCCGACUGAAUCGAUUCGUCCCAUUUUUUUGUCCGUCGAGCACCGGCAGGGCGGUGGCGAGCAGAGGCUGCUCUUUACAUAAUACCCUGACAUUGCUCAGCUAUCUUAUGACACACACAGGGGCGGGCCCUCACGCGCUCACCCCCGUCCCCGUUUUUAUGAGCGCGCGAGGGGUAAUUAGACACUUCUUCUCUUAAUUAAUGUGAAACCCACCUGUCAAAAACGAGUUAAUAACCGUUGACUUGCUGAGAGGAAACAAGGGUCUGUUUUUUUGUUUCUCUCCUGUGAUGACGUGUCCGACAAAUCAACCCCCUUCCCCCCGCAUACUUAUCCUACCGCGUGCUAGGGUCCGCCCACAGUUACCACGUGCACAUUGCCCCCCUCGUCUCUCUCCCAGAUACACACACACACCUACACGCGCGCACACACACUCGUCGUCCCCGCCCUUUUCAUUCAGUCUACUGACAGUGGCGGGUCAUAGGGAGAGAGAGAAAGGGGGGUAAGUAGGGCAGCGUCCCUGCUCACCCCCACCCUCUGAUCCAGCCUCCUCUCAAUGCAGAAGUUAUGUAAUUUACAUUUGCGUGCUCUUCACAAUCUGGAGCAUGCUGGGUGUGUGUGUGUGUGUGUGUGUGUGUGUGUGUGUGUGUGUGUGUGUGUGUGUGUGUGUGUGUGUGUGUGUGUGUGUGGAUACAGGAAAACAUUUUGGAAUGGUCGAAGAUGUUUUAAACUUAAGUAGCUUAUAAUUCAUGUAAUGCAUGGUGUUAUUGGAAUAUACAAAUGGUAUUAAUAUCUUUGACAAACUUCAGGAUAACUUUAAAAUUUAAAUUCUAAAAACUACUUUUGUUUUAAGGGAUAUUCCGGCGUAAAAUUUAAUUUAGGGUCAAACACACCAGAACACAGAGUGAGACACCCCCUCGACAGAUAAUUGUUGCAGAUCGCUUGCUUCUCUAGUUAUACCCUCUUCAGUAACGACCACAGGUUAGCAAUACACAGCGGUCUGAGGAGCCACGAACAACCUCAACCAAAACGCCACUCUAGUGGCUUGUGCAAUGGCUGGGACCCUAUAUAUACUGUUGAUGAAGUUAGGUGCUGUUCUGAGCAUUAUUUGUGGAUAUAGAGUGGUGUUUUGUUUGAGGUUUGUUAAUGGCUCCUCAGACCGCUGUGUAUUGCUAUCCUGUGGUCGUUACUAAAGUUGGUAAAACUAGAGAAGCAAGCGGUUGGCAACAUUCAUCUCUCGAAGGGGUGUCUAACUCGGUGUUACAGUGCGCUUAAUAUCCCUUUAAGUCUUGGAAACUAGUUAAACUAAAUAUUUUAAGGGUUAUUGACACCUGCAGCAAAUAAUGAUUUUCUUUAUACUAAAAGUUUUUUGUCUUUCUAUCUGGAAAAUGUCCAUCAGAAGUGACACGUCCCCCUUUUGAAGAGCUCUGGUUGCAGAACUGUUACAGAUUAAAUUUUUGGGAUGAUUGGUUGCGACUAAAACACAAUCUCAUGAGGAUCCUGCAUAAAACGAAACAUGCUAGCCACAAAAAAGAGGGAUUAAGAUGUCUGCAUUCACUACCCCACAUGUGAAAACAAGUGAACACAUAUAUUCUGACACAGUGCCACUCUGAUUAAUAUUUUUAUUAGAAUGUCUUGUAGUGGUGAUGUUAAAAAUAAAGAAGACUAUAAAUGAUGAACUACAGUGUGAUAGUUGUGUUUAGUUGUUAUUUUCAUCAUGUUGACUGUGUGUCCUCCUGCAGGCCCUGGAGCUGUUGCGUCAGUAGUUUUUUUUUUCGGUUGGAGAAUAAAUGAAAAUGUUACCUAACAUGCAGACAAGCAUGUUGGCGUGCAGUGUUUCUUUUUUUGAUAAUGGCGGGGAUGGCGUAGUUGUGUGUUGGAGUGGAGCAGAUUUGAGGAAUCCCUGGGAUCUUCUGUGUCUAAUGUUGCUGUUACCAUGGUUACCAAGGGCUUUCCAAUUCCCUUUGAGUUUGACUGCUUCAAUGUGCAUGAGCUACUCACUUGUAACAUUAAGAGAGAGUAUCUCCACACGUGGGAAGGUUCUCACCCUUGAUGUGCUUUUGAUUUUCUCAUUUUCUCUUUUUUUUUGUUUGUUUUUCUUUUGAACUUUUUCUGAAUUCACGAUGAGGUCUCUCUGACUGCAGUCUCUGCUGUUGGUCAGAUGGCACUGAUGAUGAAGUCAUAGAAGCAGGCUCAGGGCUGAUGUAGUCCAAUCACAGGGCAGACAGAGGGAGAUCCUCUUCAGCCAGCAAACAGACCGAGACACAGUUUCUUUGGUAUUUCUCCCUCCUUACCACAUUCUGUGUGUUCUGUAUAGAUGUGUACUACAAAAAAGGGAAGUGAAACAGGUUACCUCGAAGGAAUGUGACAGCAUUUGAUGUUUGGGAAAUUACUAAACAUUUCAAUAUUACUAAUAGAAAUUAUUUUCCACCUAGCUUGAAAACUUUUGCCAGGGAUGCGUGCUGUCUGUUUUAUUUAUUUUUUCAUUGUUUAUUAACGCUAAAAGGCAGAUUUCAUUACUUGAAGUUGUCACCAGCCAAAAACACAACCUUGAAUAAAAAUCAGGUUCCAUUUGCGUCAUCACAUCUAGAACAAAAUAAGAAGUCAAUCGGCAUCAAUUACUGUUUCCCUUUUGAGAAUUGUACACUAAUAACAAGAGCCAGAAAAACACAGAUAGAGACGCGGUGGCUACAGUCAUAUGUUAUGAAACUUAAACUGUGUGUUGAAGGUUAACUGUUCCAUGUUUUGUAUAAUCAACAAGUUAAUGUUCUUGUCUGUCUCCUUGCAUCCACAGUAUCCUGUAUUUUGUCUUCUUUUUGUGUUUUCAUUUUUGUGUUGUUGACCUUUUUCUCUCUUUUCUAACCUCCUGCAGAGGAAGAGCAGCGUAAAGAGAAGGAGCUCAUAAACAGAGAGGCCGAGACACGGCGUGUGGAGGUUGUGACCUCGCUGCCUCAGACAGUCAGAGCCAACCACAUCACUUGGAACGAUGACUGUCACCGCCAACUUUCCCAUCACCCACCUGCCCCUACGCCUCCAUCUCUCCCACCCCAGCAAGUCCCCAUCGCUGUCAUCCCGAUGGUUCCGGUUGUCACCGCCACACCGUCAGUCCCGGCCCUCCCGCUUACAACGCCGAUCGCUGCCGCGGCAACAUCGCUCAACAGCAUCUCGGUCAAGAAGGCUUCUUCCCCUCCACAGCAGCAGCAGCAACAACAGCAGCCGGCCUCUCCUCACCUGUUGUGCAACCCGCAGAUGAAGUUAGAAACCAGUCAGCAGCUGGUUGAUGCAAAGCCCAGCCAAUCACAGCCUCAGGUUCAGAUUCAGUACCCAACUUCCAUUAGCACCAACGGCCCCAGCUCUCAACACGCUCUGUUGUCACACCAAGCUCCGCCCACAUCUCAGCCGCGGCCAAAUGGAAUGACAAUGGAGGACAUGAGGGGGAUGGAAGGGAAGAGGAGACCAGGAGGGUCAGUGUGCGUGUGUGUGUGUCUAUGUGUAUGUGUUUGUGUGUGUUUGUUAAGGUUAAUAUGAGAGUGUUGACUUUUUAUGACUUUGUUCGUUUUUUCUGUUUUCAGAGCGGGGACCAGAGAGGUGCAUAAUAAACUGGAGAAGAACAGGUCAGUCGUAGUGAUGUAAACCUUUUAUUAUUGCUUUUCUGUUCAAAUGAAUGAAUGAAAACAUCCCUUUGUUCUGUAAUGACCAUAACUUAUACAUAGAGCAUUGUGUAUCACAAGGGUGUCGUAAAAAGCCUUAAGGUGGCAUUUUCUCAACCUACACAAACAACCAUGAAAUCUCUUCAAACAUAUAAAAUCGAAGUUAUGAGGUUUUGUUAGAUAAACACAACCACAGAGAACGAAUAACUUUCUGAUAAAUAAAUAUGUCAGCUGAUGAAACAGAAAAAAAAAAGAAGUGGGACUCCUUCUAAUUUCUGGAUCUUGGCCUUUAGGCGAGCGCACCUCAAAGAGUGUUUUGAGACACUGAAGAAGAAUGUUCCUAACGUCGAUGAGAAGAAAACCUCCAACCUCAGCGUCCUCCGCAGCGCUCUCCGUUACAUUCAGGUAGAUUUUUAAACAUGUUUUUUUUUCUGCUUUAUUUUUUUUUUCUCCAGCAUUUUUUACGCGAGCACGGGUUCAGCCCCGGACAAUAUUUUCGAACUGUUGCUUCUCAUUAGUCAUUUUAUCGAUUUUGUUUUGUAAGUCUUGAAUUGAUUGGUUCAAUCCAGAAAACAGGCACAGGCUUUGGUCCAGUGCGGUUGAAAAACAAAGCCUGUUUUGUUUGCUAUUAAGCCCAUUGUGUUGCUUGGUCUCUUGUGACUAUGACAUUGCAUUCAGCAAAUUAUAGUGAGUCAGCCCUUAAGAAAUCUGUGUAUACAUCCAAUGUUCCAGAGCCUAUACAAAGUAAUGACUAUAUUUUUAUCACAAGGCCGGAGAGUCAGCAUUUUCUGAGGACUGACUUGUAGCAUAUUGUGGUUGUUGUAGAGCGCUAAUGUUGCUGGGGGUGGUGUGAAGAUGGGUAGUGUACAGCCUGGAGAGGUGAGUUCACCGUCUACAGAAGUAUGAAGGGGAGGAUUUUCUGCACUGUGGCAGAAAUAAAUAGCACCCUGCAGCUAAAUGCAGCGGGUUCUUUUAUGUAGAGUUUGGAGCUCUGUGGGUUUGAGUUUGGUAGAGUAUGCAUUGAAGAGUCGGAGGAAGGGGGCAAAUUAGGACACAAGAUUGAAGAACUUUUUCAUAUAGCAAGACUUGCUACAAGAUCUUAAGCCGUUCCUCGAGGAGCAAAACAGAGGGUUUGACAGGAGACGAUGAAGGCUUUGAUUUGAGACUGAGCUGCUGCUGCUGUAAAAUAUUCACAGUACCAGCUACUCCAUUGCUUUGUAUGCGUUUUAUCUUAUGUGACAGUAAAUUUGUGAUUUUUUUUUACUUGCAGUCAGGCAGAUUUCUCUUUCGAGCUUUUGGAAUUAAUCACCACCUUUUUAUUAAUUGAUGAAAUUUGACAGAAGAUUUAUGAAUUAGCUGCUUUAUUAUUUGCAGUAUAUCUAAAUUGUUUUUGGUUUUGAGUCUGUGGGUCAGAUAUCUCUGGUCUUUGGGACAUUUGAAGAGCACUUUUAGAUAUAUGCAUUUUUGACAUGAUAUUGACUUGAAGUAAAAUUUCAUCAUAUAGAUCCUCUCUUUUGUUAGCAUCAAUGAAAAGAUGACUCUGAAUCUAAUGCAUUAAGAAAAAAUGAGAAGUCAUUAAGAAAAAUUUGGGGGUAUUUCCGAAAUAACAGGACAGAUAUCUAUCCAAACCUUUGAUAUUAAAGCUGGAUUUCCACACAGUGCCACGUGGAUGUUACCUUUCCUUUUGGUCGUCAAGAUCAUUUUCUAGAUGUACUGAAGACAAAUAAACUCCCCAACCCAACACCACUCCUCUCUUGAUUCCUCUCUUCAUGUAAACCUGCAGCCCUCAGUCCCCCUCCCUCUCCCUGAGCCAUGUGAGAUCUGAGCACAUGGCCAGCGCGAGUCUGAUACAUGACGUCACCGUAGCUCACUCACACUGUUGUGCUCUGCACCUCUUAGACUGCAGGAAGAGAGACCAUGUUAGGGAGCAGUUUUUACCGCCACAGCAAUGCAGUGGUGUAAAAAAGAAAAAAAAGGUGGAUAGAUAGUUACAGAUUUGCAACAGUUGGUUUGAAUUUCCUCUGUCGUUCCCCUCUUUAUCUGCGUCUUUUCAUCCUGUAUCCUCCUGCUGUCUCUUAGAACACAGGGUAACCAUAGCAACUAGUGGCAGGUGGCUGGUGUGCUGUAGUUUGUCCCUUGCUCAGUGUUUUUCAGUGUGAAAGAGUGUGUGUGUGUAUGUGUGUGUGUUGUAAAGACUAAACCAAUUACUGUCUGCUGAUACUGCUCCCAAACCGAGUGGUUAUGACAUGAACUCGAAGCUCUUUCAUCCCCCUCCCCCGGGAUUUCCUCUUUUGUCAUUGUAUUCACCUUGCACCGAUCACGUAUAUACACACACAGCUGUGAUCCUGAGUAAAAAAAUCAUCUUCUCUCGUCUUUUAAUAAGGGAGGAUAGGUUAAAAAAGGAGGGAUGAAGGGGGUAUGGAUGAAAUACAGGAGGAAGGGAAAAUGGAGUAGAAUAUUGAAUGGGGGAUGGAUGUGGAGGAGGAGGAGGAGGACGGGGGUGAGAAGAAGGAGGAGGAGCAGGGAAGGAGGGAGUGAUCUUCAGCACCAACUGGCAAUCAGCCAGUCACAUCAUCCCUUAUAUGCAAUUACCCUCCAGCCUCACCCAAUUAGAAACCUCCUUUUUUCACAAACAGCAGCUCAAACAGACAAAUCCUUACGCAUGAGGUUGCUAAGGAAACAGUUAUGGGUGACAGCUGUUUCCUUGGUGACAUGCUAUAGGCGUAAUGGUGUCUGGGAUUGUAAGAGAGGACCUUGAAAUGAUGUUGCACUGAUGCACAUUCAAUACAAUGGACCAAUACACAUUGAAACUCAGUGUUUCGAAGAAUAAUGUCUUUUUAUUGUAUCUGUUUGUUGUCCUGGGAUAACAUUUACUGUGAAUUGGCGCCCUAUACAAAUCGAGACUGAUUGGUUUGAUUGUUAAAGACAAGCAUGUAGUUUUAAAAGCUGAUAUAGCACUAUGAAUACAAAUACAAGUGCAGAGGGGCCGAUUUAGGACAGUUUAAAAUAAGUGGCACUCAUUAAUGCUUGAUCUUUGAAAAACUGAUAUUGGUGGAGCACUUACCCAGCAUUUUAAGAGGUCAAGAGCUCCAUGCAAAGCAAUUCAAGGUAACGGUCAUAAAAUGAAAAGAACAAACAGCAAACAUGACAGCAUGCUUCAUGAUUUAAAUAUUUAAAAGAACAUCAUAAUUAGGUUAUUUUCACUUGGUUUUUAAAUUUUAUUUUCAAUAUUAUCUGAGUAAGAAUCCAAAAUAUAUUAAUGUGUCUGAUUUUUUACUUUGAAAGGUAACUGAACCGAACAGAAAUGUUAAAAUCUGGUGAACUUGUUUAUUUAAGGGUUUAAAAAGAAGUUGUUUGGCCAAGGGAACCAUUGAAGGUACAAACAAAAGGAGAAGUUUCACACUCAAGUGCAGACAAGCUACUAGCAGCCCAUUGUUAGACGCCCCAAAAACUUUUAAUUUCAAUCUCAGCGCUACCUCUAACAAGGUUCAUAGCCAAUCAGGGUCUGGAAUUCCAGGACAACAAGACACACCUCAACUUCUGUAUCAAAGUUCAUAUUUGUCAAAAGAGCUCUCAGUCAUCUUUUAAUCUUUAUCCUGCGACUUCCAUGAAAAAGGAACUAUUCCAUCUGUUAUAAUGCAGGAGGCAAAGUUCAUGGCGUAUUCUGCAGCCAGUCAGUAGGGGGAGCUCUAAAUCUUUUGGCUUCGCAAACUGUGAACACUUAAAGAAUCGGUUUUGAUUCACAGUCUAGUAACUGGCAUGCACACACCUUUCAUGCGCACACACAGCUUCAUUUCAGGCCUAUUUUCCGAACAUAGACCUGACACGCCCCUCUGUUUCUCGACAUGUGUCUGUGAUAUUUGCUUUGGAAAAAAAAUAUCGACAACAAAAACUGAAUUAAUUUGGUUAAGCAACAGGGUCCUGUACGGUACAACAGGUUUGUGACUGUUGACAGUCUCACCACUGUGAGCAGAGCACUUGGCAGCAUUUAGACAGUUACAGUGGUGAGGAGAAACUUCCCUUUUAGCAGGUAGAAACCCUGAGGGGGAACCAGACUCAUGUUGAACAGCCGUCUGCCUGUAGCCAUCACACGCCUGCAGAGCGAGCAGCUUUGAUCACCCUAUUGAGUGUGCUGUCGUAGGAUCAUGAGUCCCCGUAGGCUUAUUUUCUCUCCUUUCUCUUGUGUCUCCAUCCUUAUUUUUUGCUGGAGUAUGGAUCAGCAUAAUUAUGUUGAACAACUCAUCUGAACAUUGAGUUUCCAGUCAUGUCAUGGCUGUGAUAGGACAAGACAUUCAGACCAGCAGAUCAGCAUUCAACUUUUUUUUGUCCACUGAUCCAACCCUUUGGCCUGUCCUUUCUCACCUCUCCAUGCUCUGGCCUCAUUUCCCCCCAGUUUACCUCCUGUACCUCCACCCUCCCCCCCUCUCCCUCAUUCCUCACUAGUAAUCUGUGUUAAUGUCCUUAGCCUGUCGUUCUGUUUGGUGUUCGUGGGUCAGCUGACCGAAGCAGAAAGUGGGUCACAGAGACAGCGUGCGGUGGCUGGAUAAGCUGUGCCAUGUCUUUGCAAAUCUUUCUUCUUAUUCGUGGACCUGCAGUGUUUUUUUUCCUGACAAAUAUGCAUGCAGCUUCCUACCCAGUGUGUGUGUAAGCCCUGUGUGAGGAGUGAGCAAAUGAAUUCAGCUGAAUCUCAGACUUUAACGCUCAGGUAGUAGUAAUCUAGUGAUCCCUAGAACUGUCUGUGUUGGACUUGAGUGAUUGGUCAAAAUAAAAUCCAGCAGGGCGUUACGUCCCACUCUGACCCCGAUCUCUCAGAAAAACAAGCAUGACUCCAGGAAGUGGGAUGUGGGAGGAGCUUAGUAGGUGCAGCGUGAACAUGCUUGAAUUUGCUUACACGCUUUCCUGCUUGUGUUUAAAACCCAGUCAGGGCAGAGAACCGAGUGUUCCAGUGAAACCUGAGACGUGGGAGUGGUCAGGAAAGAAAGUCGCUCCUAAUUCUUGUUUUCUGUGAAAUGCUGCAGCCCUGUAAGAGUUUAGGACAAAUUUAAAACUAAUGCCAGCUUCACACUAUGUGCACAAGGUUUCCUGAAAGAGUGUCUGUCUGUGGAGGAGAAACAAAGGAAGCUCUUUGUUUGGUUUCUGUUUUUAUUAUGAGACUUUUUAAGGUGUCUCUUUAAACAGCAGCACAGAUGACAAAUCAGUUGAUGAUCAGAUGAUUUUAGUGACAGCCCAUCAUGACUUGAUGCAACGAUGAUAAAGUGGAAAUUAAUGUACCAUAUUUUCCGGGCUAUCAGUCGCACCAAAGUAUAAGUCCAGCCAAAAAAAUGCAUAAUGAAGAAGACAAAUCAUACACCGGUAUAAGUCGCAUUUUGGGGGGAAAUUUAUUUGACAAGAACAGACAUUUUAUCUUGAAAGGCAAGUUAUGAUAAAAUCAGUAGAAUAGAGGACAACAGACUAAAUAGGUGUACCGUAUACUAACGUAGCACUUUGAUUGUUAUUCAGCUACAUGAAGCAUAAACAAUGAACUCAAUAGGCGUCUGGUGUGUUAACGUAACAUAUUAACUGUAACUCAGAUAACUUUAGUAUAAAGAAAAUAACAAAACAAGUUUACCAAAUUCUCAAUCUCACUCCAAAUCACUAAAUCCAUCGAAUUCAUAAUCUUCGGUGUCACUUCUGAACAACUAGAGUGCCCUUUAGUGUGAAAAUAACAAACAUGUAAGAUUAUAUAUUUUAAUAUAUAUAUAUGUAAGUCGCACCUGAGUAUAAGUCUCAAACCCAGCCAAACUAUGAAAAAAAGCACGGCUUAUAGUCCGGAAAAUACGGUGGACAGACACAGACUUUUCCAAAAUUUUCACUCUAUGUUUAUACAUUUGGUUAUUCAUUGGAAAGUAUUGGUUUACAUCUGCACACUCCGACAGGAAGAAGGAAUUGUACGUGUGUCACCUGCCAGCAAACCUCCAUCCACUCACUCUCUGCCUCCUCUCUACAGACUUUGAAGCGUAAAGAGAAAGAGUUUGAACACGAGAUGGAGCGUUUGGCCAGAGAGAAGAUCGCCACUCAGCAGCGGCUGGCCGAGCUCAAGAACGAGCUCAGCCAGUGUAUGGACAUCGUUGAGAUCGACAGAGUCCUGCGACAGACCAUCCAACCAGAGGAUGACCAGGCGUCCACAUCCACCGCCUCAGGUACACAAACACACAAACACAAACACACAUACACACAUGACUGAUAUUUGAUCUUUAAACUGCAGUUGUGAUUCUGCCAUGAAUCAACAGAGGUGUGAUGCUGUGGAAGUUUUUGUUGUAGAGGGGGUCAGCUUUGGGUGUCAUCUGAGGUUACACGUGAUGUGAUCAUGACUGACAGUUGUCUCUCUGUGUCCACAGAAGGAGAGGACAACUUUGAGCAGGACAUGGAUGAAGAUGUCCCAGCUACCGUUCCCCCUCCAGCCUCUCUUCCCAAACCAGCACCUCCCAUCCUGCAGGCCCAGCCGCUCCUCGCCCCUCACCUCUCAAUCCAGCACACCACCCUGCCUCUCUCUGGAGUCCUGACCACGCCUCCUCCCUCUGCUCCACCUCCCCCACAGGCCAUCGCCCCAGCUCCAGCUCCCGGUCAGCCCCCUCCACCACCCGCUCAUCCAGUGCAGCCUCAAGCGGUGCAGGUCCAGCCCACGGUCAUCGCUCAUGCCGCUGUCUCUCACCCGUCAGUCAUCCAAGCUGUAAAUCACGGUCUGCCAGCUACUCACAAACAUCUAACGCACAUCGCUCCAUCACCUGGUCCCGCCUCCUCCUCCACCCCUCAGCCCAUCGCAGCAGCUCCAUCUGCCACCGCCACUCACCAGCAGAUAGCAGCGCAACCUAUCGGACACAUCACCGUCCACCCUGUGGCUCACCUGGGGGGUCCCCUGCCAUCCCACCUCCCGACUCUCUACCCUCAAGGUGUGUCUGUGUCCCAGCCCACUAUGGUGGGCCACAUCACACACACCUUCACCCACCACACCCUCCCUCACGUCCAGGCUAACCCUCAAGCUAACGCUAGUGGAACCCCAGUAAACAACGCAGCAGUAAUGACCCAAGGGAACCCAUCGCUAGGGAAACCCACAGCUGUGCUGGCCCCCCACCCCCAGCUGGUGGGACAGGCUGCCGUCCUCAACCCUGUCACCAUGGUUACAGUCCCAACCUUCCCUGUCAGCACACUCAAACUAGCCUGA